AUCUCCAUCUCCAUCCUCAGUCCAUAUAUCUAUCACUUAACAUUUUGAUUAUAUGAAGUUCUCUUUCUUUAUCCUGAGUUUCACACACUCGCUGCCUAACUCAGUUAAUACCUACAUAACUAUUAUAUACGAACUAUGCAUUUUUAUCAGCAUUCAUGCCUCACUGUACUUCUUAUUAUCCUACCUUUCACUUCUUGUCUUUUUCUCAACACCAUAACCCCAAAUCAACCUCUUAAAGACGGUGACGUUUUGAUCUCCACCCGAAAGAAAUUCGCACUUGGGUUUUUUAGCCCGGGGAAUUCCCACAACCGUUACGUUGGUAUAUGGUACCACCAAAUCCCAGAACAAACCGUUGUUUGGGUAGCUAAUAGAGACAAUCCUCUAAAUGAUACAUCCGGAGCUUUGGCCAUCGAUAAUCAUGGAGGCCUUCUUCUCUUUGGUAAAAACCGAAGCUUUCCUUUCUGGUCAACAAAUGUUUCGAUCCCUGCAGCAAAUAUCUCCAUGGUUAAGCUUUUAGACGUGGGAAAUCUCGUUUUACUUGGUAAUAACACUGAAGAGAGUCUUUUGUGGCAGAGCUUUGAUCACCCGACAGAUACCAUACUCCCUUCCAUGAAAUUCGGGUGGAAACGAGUCACCGGGUUAGACAACAUUGCCACCUCUUGGAAGUCGAUGGAUGACCCGGGAACCGGAAACUACUCAUACUGGUUCAAACGGAAUGGGAAUCCGCAACUUUUCUUGAGCGAGGGUAGAGCUCCACGUUGGCGGACUGGAUCUUGGAUUGGCAUUGGGUGGAGUGGUAUACCCCAAAUGUCAGUAAGGUUCAUAUUCAAUGUCACCUUCAUGAGCAAUCAGGAUGAAGUCUGGGUUAUGUACUGUCUUUACAAUGAAUCGACUCUCACGAGGCUUGUGGUCGAUGAGUCAGGAACCGUUUACCGAUCCACGUGGCUGGAAGAACGUAAGCGAUGGGUGAGGUUUUAUUCAGCACCGCCGGAGAAGUGUGAUGCGUACGAGUUUUGUGGCCCGAACGGGGUGUGCAACCCCGUCAACAAUGAUGGGUUCGAGUGCACAUGCCUACCCGGGUUUGACCCGAGGUCGCCUAAGGACUGGUACCUUAGAGAUGGGUCUGGCGGUUGUGUGAGGAAGCAGGAGCUAAAUCGCACGUGUGGGAACAAGGAAGGGUUUGUGAAGUUGGCAAGAGUGAAGGUGCCAGACACGUCAAAGGCACAUGUAAAUAUGAAUAUAAGUUUGAAAUCGUGUGGAGAAGAGUGCUUGAGGAAUUGCACGUGUACGGCUUACUCUAGUGCAACUGUGAGUGAGGGGUGCAUCACAUGGCACGAUGAUUUGGUGGAUGCCAGAACUUAUUCGAAUUGGGGCCAAGAUUUGUACGUGAGGGUUGAUUCUAUUACUUUAGCUCAAUAUUUAAAGAACUCGAAAAAUAGCUCAAUAAACAAAAUUGGGAAGGUGGGAAUUGCGUUGAGUUCUUUUGCCAUACUAAUUCUCUUUUUAUUUUUUAUAUAUUGGUGGCGAAAAACAAAAACAAAAGCGAAAGAACAACGGAGCGAAAACGUUUAUACAACAAGUAUCUAUUUUAAUGACAAUUCUGGAGAAAAUGAGUACGAGGAAUGUACAAAUAAUUCAGAGUUAACUCUCUUUGAUCUAAAUACCAUAGCUGCAGCUACUAAUAAUUUCUCCAUUGAUAACAAGCUUGGAGAAGGUGGCUUUGGCUCCGUUUAUAGGGGUGUGUUUUCUGACGGAAAGGAAAUAGCAGUGAAAAGACUAUCAAAGAACUCUGGCCAAGGAAAUAAGGAGUUUAAAAAUGAAGUGUUGCUAAUUUCAAAACUCCAACAUAAAAACCUUGUGAGGGUUCUAGGUUGUUGCAUUCAAGGAGUAGAGAAGAUGCUAAUUUACGAAUACUUGCCAAACAAAAGUUUGGACGUUUUCAUUUUUGACAAAGAGAAAAGGGGAUUGCUAGAUUGGAGGAAGCGUUUUGACAUCAUUUGUGGAAUUGCUCGAGCAAUGUUGUAUCUUCAUCAUGAUUCAAGAUUGAGAAUCAUCCAUAGAGAUUUAAAAACCGCCAACGUUCUUUUGGAUGCUAAUUUGAAUCCUAAAAUUUCAGAUUUUGGUAUGGCUAGAAUAUUUGGAGAAGAUGAAAUUGAAGUCAACACACAUCGAGUCGUUGGAACAUAUGGUUAUAUGUCACCAGAGUAUGCUAUGAAAGGACGAUAUUCAAUAAAAUCGGAUGUCUAUAGUUUUGGAGUUAUGGUGCUAGAGAUUAUUACGGGCAAAAAGAACAGUGGCUAUUGCCAUGAGAAUUUACACUCCAAUUUGAUGGCACAUGUGUGGGAUUUAUGGAAAGAAGGUAGAGCAUUGGAAAUCAUUGACUCUUCCAUUGAUGAAAGAUUUGGUAGCGCAGCAUUGAGAUGCAUUACAAUUGGAUUGUUGUGUGUGCAAGAGCAUGCUAUUAAUCGACCCAAUAUGUCAGAAAUUGUUUUAAUGUUGAGUAACGAAGCCACUCUCCCUAAUCCAAAACAGCCUGCAUUUGUAAGUGGUGAUCCAUUGACUAGCGAAAGACUUAACUCGGUAAAUCAUGUGACAUGUACUGAGGAAAAUAAGUUUAGAGGUGGUAAGAUUCGUGACGCUUGGAGGAUGUGUAUCGAUGAUGAAUGGAGUCAAGGGGCCGAGCGUUAUCGAUUCGAGGAUGUAGUCUCCUUUUAUGUUUUUUUUUAUGGUUUUACAUGUAUUUUCCGCAUUAUUAUGUAAUGUCUUUUAUUUUAAAUCUUAUUUUGUUUUAAAGACAAUGGGAUCCCAAAAUCCUUCUUAGUAUUCUGUUUCUUUGUAAAUAACUCUUAUUUUCAAGUUACUCAAUAAAUUAUGGUAUUUUCGUAAAAUGUAAGUUUUUAUGUAUAGUUUCGAUAAUGGUCCAAUUAGUCUAGAUUAGUGGG